AUGGCGGGGUCGUCGUCGUCUCCCUCCAUCUCCACGCAGCUGGACGUCUUGGCUGCCCUUGUGGAGCAGUUUGACAGCAUCAAUCUGAAGACAAGGUCGUUACCCAAGUUUGUCAUGGAGUGCAAGCGCCAGAACAGCACCGCCUUCACCAUUAAGAUCGACAUUACGAAGAGCUUGGUGGCGUACCCCAACCCGAUUAGCGAAGAGACAAGGAUUCCACCCGCCAUGGCUGUCGCAGAGCUGUUAGAAGCAGCUGACAUGUUUGAUUUCAUCAGUGCUGAUGAAACACCAUUGAGUCUGACCCCACCCCAGCGUCAGCUGCGCGACAUACUUCUGAAACAUGCCUGGACCACCCUGUAUUGCGGCUCAAGCAACGGUGGUGCAGGCCGCCUAGUGCAGGGUUGCAAAGGCGUGGCCAAGACGACCACGUUCAUGAUGGUGCAGGGCAUCCUCAGCACCCUCUUACCCAAUGAGAACCUCGUCUUUUUUGCCUCUUUACGCGCGCAGUCCAACGUCUUUGAAACCUUUGCCAAGGCCUAUGCUCAGCGUCGACGAUUGGAUGAAGCCCCGCUUUGGCAGUCCUUUGAGGACAUCAAGGCCGUUUGUGGUUCGAGGAACAAAUUUCUUGCCUACGUCGACGAGUAUCACGUGACGUAUACUCGAGACGACCAGUGGCGCGAGACAGCAUGUACAGUCGGACAGAGUGCUGCUUUUGGUGCCUUUGCGUUGACGGGGGAUGUACCGUAUCUCCGUGCGCUGGCCUUUGGCAAAGCUUCCGUGGAGGAUGUGAAGGAGAACUUUCCUUUCUACACCACAACACCCAACCUCAAUGACACGCGCUACACCGUGGUCGAGAUGGAGCCCUGUACGACUCGCGAAACCGUGCAAGAAUUGGCGACCAUCCUCGGGGUAUCAUCGGCAGCUGAGCUCUGCGGAUACAGUGGUGUUGGAUGGCUCAACUUUCUCGCCAUGAUGACUGGAGGCUUGACUUGCCACAUGGCACAAGUCGCGAAGGAUGUCCGGCAGCACUGCAGUACGCUGCGAUGUCGUUUCAUGGACAGAUUACGCGAUGAAACGUUUCGGAGAGAGCUUGUGGAGGUGGCCGAGAAGGCUGGUGAGCUUGGCCCGGUUUUACAGCUCGCAAAUAGCGGCAAUUGGCUGGAUCUACCUCUACAAGAUCAAGUCAAUCAACUCCGAGAAAUGCCCUCUUCAUUGACAGCAGCCCUCGACGCCGUGCCUGAACUUGACAUUGACUUGGACACAAAAUUAUCGGAUGUGGACAAGCAUUUGGGAAACCCUGACUAUGCGUCGUUGCUGCAAGACCUUGGGCACGAGCUGCUGAACAAGACUGGAGAAGGCGAGGUGAAUGCGCUGGUGAAGGAUCCCUUUGCGCUGAUGACAAAGGUUGACGCUGCCAACUUACUCACGAAAUACGGGGCGCGCAUGCUCUACGGGGCCAGCGACUCGGGUGCGAUCCGAUAUGACGGCACCAACAUCAGCUUUGGCACGCCGUUGCUUGCUCAGCGCAUGCUCGAUCACGAUGGUGCUCUUCCCCGGGAGGCGCCUGAUACACGCGGUUGUGAUGCCGUGUGGUUCACCGUGAACGGCAGUGAGCUUACCGUUCAUCGGUGCCAGGUCAAGCUGGGGUACAACAGUGGCAACCCAGUCGCGCCGUCAAAAGUACGCGAGUGGUCCAAAUUAUUGGUGGGACACACGGCCCGCAGAGGUGCCAUUCCUUUUGACAAUGAGGCUCGUCUGGCAUUUGAAAAGACCUUGCGCAAGACGUCAAACAACGACGACAUCAGCGUUAGGGUACACUGUUAUCUCAUCAUGACAAGACCACUGGCCUCUCCUGCAAAUUUGGCCCAGGAACUCAAAGAGGAGCUGAGUACAGCCCAUCUGACCUUUGAUCUGUGGCAUCAUGAGAAAUGCUUGUCUGAUCUCUGGCCCAGAGAAGUACAAGCCUGGGCCAAACAGAACGACUUGAAGGCUUACUAUCGACCAGAAUAACGCGUUUUGUGUGGGGGCUCUUGUGUUGAGUGGAUGUUCAUACUAUGUUCAUGCUCGAAGAAUUGUUGAUAGCCCAAUUGAUACAUGCCACGU